AUGCCUGAUCGGAAACAAUUGAUGAACUCGAAGCCUGUCGAAGUCGGGCUUCGAUUGUCUGUGAAUCCAGAGGAGUCUAUGGAGUUCCUUGCUCUAAACAGGAAACUACUAGACUACCUUUACCCAGGAGGAGCAGACGAUAUCGGGAACAGGCAUGUUUCUAUGCGAUGUUUAGCCUCGCAAAUACUCUGCAGAGAUAGAAUUUACUCAGUGGAAGUGAAUGACGAUCUUUCUGAUAAUACUGUUCAGUUACACAGUCUUCCCUUACUUCAGAGAUAUGGCGAUAACUUUAGCGUUGAUCAAUGUAUGGUCAGACCCAUAGAGAAGAUCAUUCAUUUGGACAGCAUAGUGAUGGAGUUUCCGAGUGAAGUUUAUCUUCUAUUACAGAGAUAUUCCCGAGAGAAGAUCGUUGAUAUUAUGACUAAGGAGACAGGAUCUGGCGAAGACAUGAUUAUUGUUCAUAGAGGCGACUGGAUAAGAUCUUUACAUGGUAAUAUUAUUCAUUGCGAACCUGUUGAGCAGGGAUAUCUAGAUAUGAACACUGAUAUUAUUGUUGUGAAAGAAAAGCUGAAACUAAAACCAAAAUCUGAAACUGAGGCAGGGGAUUCCACCAAAUCCAUCGAUUCCAUGGAUCCGUUUAACAUUAAUCCGACAGAAGGACUAAUUGCAAUGAAUAGCGGGGUUUCUCCGGACACCAAGUUUAUGGUGGCGUCUCUUUCCAGAAACACGAUUGAAAACUUUACGGGGAUCAGUUCUAUGAACGAUACUGGCAAUGACGAUGAUCAAUCGUUUGUGUGCCUUUCCUCUAACGAUAUGAGCGCCAUGGGCGUUCUGAGUGGAGAUAUAAUAAUGUUAUCAGUCAAAUCUACCAAUUAUUCGAUUUAUAUCAAGGCUAUUCCUUUUAUAGAUCCGAAUGGCUUUAAGCAGCACACCGUUUACUGCUCUCCUGUACUCCUGCUGAAUCUGGGCUGGCCCGAUGAGGUCACUUUGCAAGUUUUACCAAAGGAGAAAACGGGGACCGACAAAAUCGAGGAGUUAAUACCUGUGGCGACGAGUGUAGUUCUUGCCAGGGUUGCCAGUCCGCCGGCGUUGGAUAGGACCCUACAGCAGGGAUUUCUUUCAAAUUUAAAGCUUUAUUUUGAGAAAUAUUCCCGGGUGGUUAGAAUCAAUCAAUACAUUCCUAUUCCAAUCAGUUCUGAUAUAGCUAGGAUAAUAUUCUCUACUUAUGAUGGCUCUGAACAAUCAAUUCUUCCUAAGGCGAUUCCUGAUGCUAGUCCCGAUACUCUUGUUUGGUUCAAAGUAACUGGAGGUUCAUUAAAUGAUCACCUGGGCAACGAAAUUGAGCUUCAAGAAGGACAGAAUUGUGUUGUGAAGCCGGAGUCUACACAUAUGACUCAAGCUGGUGUUGUCAAAGAAUCUAUACCACUGUUGGGAAGAGCUGAUGAAAUCAAUACGUACCUUGGAUUGGAAUCGUUCUUUGAAUAUCUAUCCACCCAUGAGGCUGGUUCUUAUUCUUUUCAGUAUGCCAGUAGACUCAAACGAAUUAUCGACACCGCUUUCAAGGUAAAAAGCCAAAUUCCGUUGGAAACCACUAUUCUACUUUCGAGUACCUCUAGGUGUAUGGGAAAGUCUUCUGUAAUUCGAAGUAUUACUGCACAGCUUGAUGCUACUCUACUUGAAUUGGAUUGUUACCAGAUGCUAAAUUCAAGCUCUGUGGGUAAAACUAUUGGUGUGAUCCGAGGCAAGGCUGAUCGUGUGGUUGAGAAUUGCGCAAAACUUGUAAUCUUCUUCCGGCACGUGGAAGCUCUCUGCAAGAAAUCCGAGUUGCAGCAGCAGCAGCCGCAGAAAAGGCAGUCUGAUUCAUUAUCACUGAAGCUUGCAGAAUUGACAGAGGAAUAUUCGAGAAAUGGUGCUGUAGUGGUGUUCUCGACUAAUGAUUCGGACGCAAUUUCCGAGAUUCUCAGAUCAAGAGUCAAGUUCGAAAUUACCGUAACUGUGCCAAAUGAUCUGGAAAGGAGACACAUUUUCCAAUAUCUAAUUUCAAAAUUUGGCCACAGUGAUAAGAAUAAUUUCGAUUUGGGAGACGAUGUGUCAUUCGAAUCUCUUGCCAUGAAAAGUGCAGGUCUUUCGCUUGGUGACUUGAAUUCCGUAGUGCAAGAUGCCGGAAGAAGGGCAUUAGAUGAAAUGGAACAGUUGUCUGCCUCGACACAACUUCCUUUGGAACAAAUUGUAGCACUAAAUGGAGGAAGCAUCAAGAUAACGGCCACCAAUUAUGAAGAGGCCAUGAAUAGUGCUAGAGAUAAAAACAGUGAUGCCAUUGGUGCACCUAAGAUUCCUGAUGUGAAAUGGGAGGAUAUUGGGGGUCUUGAGAACGUGAAAGGAGAAAUUUUGGAUACAAUUGACAUGCCAUUGAAGCAUCCGGAGUUGUUUGGUGAUGGAAUGAAAAAGCGAAGUGGAAUUAUGUUUUAUGGACCUCCUGGUACAGGUAAAACAUUGCUUGCCAAAGCAAUUGCCACGAAUUUUGCACUCAACUUCUUUUCCGUGAAGGGUCCUGAACUUCUAAACAUGUACAUAGGUGAAUCUGAGGCAAACGUGAGGAGAGUGUUUCAAAAGGCAAGAGAUGCGAAACCCUGUGUUAUAUUCUUCGAUGAGUUGGAUUCUGUGGCUCCAAAAAGAGGUAACCAGGGCGACUCUGGAGGUGUGAUGGACAGAAUCGUGUCGCAGCUUCUUGCAGAAUUGGACGGUAUGAGCAGUGGCGAUGCAGGAGAAGAUGGCGUUUUUAUUGUCGGUGCAACUAAUAGGCCUGAUCUCUUGGAUGAAGCGUUACUUCGCCCGGGUAGAUUUGAUAAGAUGCUUUAUUUGGGAAUCUCGGAUACCCACGACAAACAGGCUAAGAUCAUUCGAGCUUUGACUCGGAAGUUUGAGUUAGCACCAGAUUUUGACCCUCUUAUCAUUGCCUCAAACUGCCCAUUUAACUACACAGGUGCUGAUUUCUACGCCAUGUGCUCGGAUGCAAUGUUAAAUGCGAUGAUUCGAACUGCCGGUGCUGCUGAUGCUAAAAUUAAAGAGUAUAAUGAAAGAAAUCCAGGUGCCAAAGAUAUCGGUACUCGAUAUUGGUUUGAUCAUCUUGCUACAGAGAAAGACUUGAGUGUGACAGUAGGAUUGGAGGAUUUUGAUAAAGCCCGCAAGGAACUUAUUGCAUCCGUUAGUGCAGAAGAACUAAGGCACUAUGUGACUAUUAAACAGGGAUUUGAAGGUAAUAAGAAGGAACUGCAUGAUCAAUAA